AUGGCGAAUUGGAAAACCAAAUCUUUAGAAGAACAAGAAACAGAGCGGUCUUUGAGAGUAAGAAAGAGCGCAUCGUGCGAGAGCACCACCGAAAGCAAAACCCAUCAAAACGUUCUUCGUAAGUCGUCGUUAAUGUUCUUCGGUGCGCUGCGUGACGCCCAAAAGUACAACGCUUUGAUAAAACCUCUUGUGUUUGUGAGAUACAAACACGGCAAGAAUAAGAACAAGAAAAAAGGUGGCAAUAGGAAUACUAGCAGUAGCGAUGAUGAUAGCGAUAAUACGAGCGAUAAUACGAGCGAUGAUGAUGACAACGACGACGAAAACGAAGAGGGUGGUUCCGGCGCGGAAGAUGAUGAUGCGACUUUGACCCCGUUCACGGUUGCGUCCGUCGAGCGCGAAACGGCGAAAGCGCUGGAGAACUUGAAACUCGAACUCGGGAAACUUCGAACGUCUCGCGCCUCGACUGGCGUCGUGGAAAAUAUAAUGAUUGCGAAUAUUUACGAGAGCUCUGCACCUCCGGUGCCGUUGAAAUCGCUCGGCGCGAUCACCGUUCGGGACGCGAAGACAAUAUCCAUCGCUUUGUACGACAAUUCCGAACCGAACAAAAACGCCGUGGAAAAUGCAAUCGUAAACGAAAAGCACUUAAAAUUCGGCGCAAAAAAAGACGAAUCCGGCGUCCUCGUCUCCCUCCCAGAGAUGGAUGCCAACGCGCGUAAAGAAGUCGUCAAAAUGGCGCAAGAACUCGGCGAGAAAUCGAAAAUCGGCGUUCGACGCGCUCGCAAAAAAGCCAUCGACGCGGUAAAGAAACAAACCUAUACGCUCAAACUCUUCGGCGAAGACGAGAAAAAGAGGUUCGAAAAAUCCAUCCAAAAAGUGCACGACGACGCCAUCAAGGAAAUCGAUCGGUUGGAGAAAAUGAAGAAAGAACACAUCGAGAGUGGGUUGUGA